AUGCCAUUCUGGAUAAGGCGUCGUCGGGUGAACAGUGAUGGCAUUACUCGUGUUGGGUGUCAACCAGCAGGAAAAUCAAUAGCUGAAUGUCUUAGUUGUAAUGUAGAGGUGCCGAGCCAGCAGCCAGUUUUCACAAGGUUCCGGCGUGUGUACAUGACACCUUUCUUAGGUACUUGUGUAGCUGUGCUUGUGCGUCUUCGCUUCUCUAUCUCAACCCGAAAUGGACUUGUGUGUUUGUAUGUGUAUGUAUGUAUGUAUCUGUAUGUAUCAGAGACCGGGUCGCGGGGACAUUGAUCCUCGGGACCUGCUAAUCGUAGUACCAAGGUAGGGGAGGCAAAAUCCGGCAGCCGGCCAGCCAGAUUGACUUGUAAUCGGGUUGAAAUAUAUUGUGUAGGAUCUGAUAGUUUGCAGACAGGCAGGCAAGGACACAUGUUUGCAGGCAGGGAGAGACUAGUACGGAGACAGGCAGGCAAGGCAGGCAGGAAGAGAGAUGGAUAGGUUUGACAAGCAGGGAGGGAAAGAGGUGCAUAGAGGGUAAGGGAAGGAAGAUAGGCGGGCAGGGAAGAGGGAUAGGUAAUGAGGCAGGCAGUAUGAAUGACGUAUCGGCGAGCAUGCAGCCGGUAGGGAAAAUAGUCAAACACAUACACAAGCAAGCAGGCAGGCAGGCUGGGUUGCAAGAAGGCAGGCAAGCAGGCCGUGGUUUACUUAACUGCACAGUCUCCCUCCCACGCCGCUCCUCCACAUGCCUGUAGCCGUCCCGCCAGGGGAAGGGCGGGGGGUUCUUGUAACACAACCACUGUAAUUCUCACAUGACGCUUAGUUUCUUCAGUAAAGUAUGAAAAGGUUUUCGUGGGACUGUGUCGUGUCGUAUUUGUCCGUCCGAGUAACGCAUGAGCAAUUUCCUAUGUGGUGUGGUGGAGCCUUAGCGCAGAGGUUCACGGUGUAGCCACAACAGUCUGCCAAGUUUGCACUCCCAGCCGCUCAUGUUCGUGGUCAAGUAAUGCAGCAAACCCCACCAACACACUUGGCUCUUUUAUCAGCCCCUUCUCUCGAUCUACCACAUGAGAAAUGCAACUGUUUUGCCUUGCCAUAAACGCAUGAAUACUACAACCAUCACACCUAACCUAUGCAGAGGAGUGUAAUGAUGGCUCGGCUUGGUGGGGAGGAAAGGUAGCAGCGGCAUGUCACUGGUGGUACACAAGCUGGUGCUCAGUCCUGGUGGGGCCACCACCAACACACAGACUCCCACCCAUCAUGUCACCCUCUCUGCUUACACGCACUCUCGGUCAAAUGUUUCAGACGCUAUGGGUCGUGUGUCGGAUGGUCCAUCCUCUGGUUCCAUGAGCACACCCUCCUCUUCUUUCCCCUAUUCCUCAUCAUCAUCAUCAUCCUCAUCCAAGCAUAGCUCAACAUAUAAUUUACCCUUUGUGCUUCAGGACCAUAAUUAUGGUGCUCCUCCUCCCCCAACGCCACCUCAGUCCCCACCUCCUUUACCAUCUUCGUCGGGAUCAUCCGUGUAUCACCAGUCAUCUCACCACUUUCAUCAGUCACAUCAUCAACACAGCCCUCAGCCUCACCAACACAGUCAUCCUCACAAUUUACAGUCACAUGCCCAACAAAAUACUAAUAAUAUAUACCAUCCUCAACACAGACAUCAAUCUCAUAUUCAUCCCCAACAGACCAUCACACAUACCAGUCCCUCUCCUAGAUUAGGAAUCAUUACUUCAUCGGGCCCAUCUGUCUCUGUGUCGGGCUUGUUAACAUCUCAUCCUCUCAAUACAAUGCCACCUCACCGUCAGCAGUUCAUGCCACAUCCUAAGACAAGCAUUUUUCCCUCGCCUCACAUCCCACCACCUCCAGUAGAGCUACUCCAAUCCCCUACUGCUAUUACGGGACCCCCGCCCUCUUCCACUGGGGCAGAGACGGACGACGAUUCGCGUUUAAGUGAUCGGAGUUCAUCUGUCGGACCAUCUGGAGAAGAGACAGAAACUGCACCAGAGGGCGAAGGAGAUGAGCAACCAAUAGAUGAUUCUAUUACCCGCUGUGUCUGUGAUUUUUCCCAUGACGAUGGAUAUAUGAUCCAGUGUGAUAGAUGUUUUGUCUGGCAGCAUGUAGACUGUAUGGAAAUAGACCGGGACAAUAUCCCAGACGAGUACCUGUGUGAAGCGUGUGAUCCUAGACCAAUAGAUCGCUUCAAAGCUCGAGCACUGCAGAUACGCAGACGGCAAGAAAUUAAGGCUCACCUAGCUAGUUCUUUUUAUUUUAGACUGUCCUCUUCAGACUCUGAUGAUAAUAUCCCGGUGUCUAGUAAAGGGAGAGGAACUUUAGGGAAAAUUCAAGAAAAGAAAGUUGUUAAGAAAAAGAAGGUCAAACAAUUAAAGGACAUGAAGAAUGGGCGCAAGGGAUCGCUGUCUUUGUUGAAGAAGACCAAUCUUGUGAGUCCAGGCAACAAUAAUAUUAUCCCAGGCACAGAAGAUAAGGAAAGGAGGAUGCUAGUAAAGAGAAGAAGGAAAAGUAGCAGCAUGAGUGGCGGAGAAGGUGUGAGCGAUGACUCCAACAGUGGGCCUGUCGAGAGAUUACGGGCAUGGGUUGAAGGCUAUGAAGUGGCUGUUACAAAUCACUAUUCCCCAGAACUACGUGCCAGGGUUCAUGCUGCUCGUAUUAAUGGAGUAUCUCCUGAUUUACGAGCUUCCACACAAGGGGCAGUCUUAGGUCACCGGUGCAAGGUUAUCGAGAAUCCCCAACCGCUGUUUGAUGUUUUUGACAGUAAGAUUCUUGUAGCAGCUACAAGGUUAUCCAUAAAUACAGCCAUCACAGAGUUUCAAGGCAAAUACCUGUUAGCUUCACAAUGGAAUGCCCAGCAACCAGUUUUGGGCCAACCGUACCUGCCGUAUGUCUUACAAUACCACAUGCCGAAGGAGGGCCUCACCGUCUGCGUGGAUGCGAGAACCUAUGGUAAUGAUGCCAGGUUCACUCGAAGAUCGUGUCAACCUAACGCUGAGGUACGGCAUGUGGUAGAAAGAGGAUCCCUUCAUUUAUAUUUAGUGACGACGAGAGAUAUCGCGGAAGGUGAGGAGGUAACUUUAGGCCUGGAGACAGCUAAUUCCAACUUGGAACUGGUAUGUUGUUUAUCAGAAGAGCAUGACUGCCAGGCACCCCAGGCCCCCAAGGUGGAGCAAACAUCUCCAGUGCCUACUACUCCUCACAAGAAAAAUGGUCUCAUUCUAAGCAACAAGAAAAAUUUCAAAAAGCAACAACUACAGCUACAGCUGCGUACCAGUAAAAGAACCACAUCAACAGAAAGCAGAAAUAGUGAUAACAUCAUAACACCAAUUGUAAACAGCGCUCCAGUUACUCCUGUGAAACAGCGAAGAGCAUCUGGUUGUGGCAAGUCUCCUGCGAAGUCUCCUAGUGUAUCUGUAUCUAGUUCACCAGAUGACAUUGGAAAAGAUUCAAUCCUCACUACGCUACCAACAACUCUACCUACUCCUGAAAUGCCUAAAUGUUUAGACAAACAGCAGCAGCAAAAGAUGACUCGUGAGGAGCGUAAAAUAGCUGCUUACAUGAAAGCUUUUGAACGAAUGGAAAAAGCUGCACAGCGAAGACAAGAGAUGGAGAAGAAGAAAGAGGAGGAUAAAUGUAAGGACCCAAAGGAUAAGGAUAAAAAGCGUUGUGAAGGAGAAGAAGAUGAUUGGGAGAAGACGAGUAGUGCUGAUGAAUGUGUGAGAAAUACACCCGGUGCUGAGAGGAGUAGACGAAAAGGGAAAAAAGGAAGAGGAAAGGGUAGCCCUCAAAAGCGCAAUAUUCAUCGUGUAGAUUCCACAGCAUCAGAUUUGACUGGAGAUGAGAGUAGCUGUGCUUCAGUAGGACUGAUGUCCCCUGUUGGGGGCUCCAUUGAGGGUAUUGCACUCAAUUUCAAUUCACCACCUCAAGGGAACUCUAAUGGCAUGGGUUUUAGAUUUCCCAAAACCAAAAAAGCACUCAUGAAUGAAUGGCUGAAUGAGAAUGUUGACCCAGUUCUCCCGGGUGGGAACGUGCCCGGUGUUGUAGAACUUCCCUCCGGAGUGCCAACAUGCUACAUGAGAUCACCAGCCACACCACUGAGAAGAUCCUCGGUAAAUCAAACUGUGAUCCAGGGUACUCUACUCAAUUUGGAUAUGCCAGGAGGUUCAGCUAAGAAGAGAUGGUUAAGACAGGCUAUUAGUGAAGAAACUGAAUCUCCUCAGUUUAAUGGCCUCUGUCCAAGUCCAAAUAGCAGACCAGACUCGCCUACUGGAGGUGGAGACUAUAUCACCCCACUGAAGAAGAGAAGACUGGCUCGAGAGUCGAUGUCUUCUGAACUGUCAUCCACACCACCCUCCACUCCCGUCCACUCCACCAGUUUGGAGGAGGAUAAAAUGAUUGAGGAGAUGGAAGCUGAAUUGGCUGAGGAAGCCGUGUCUAAGUUAAAGCGUGAAGACGAUAAUGAUUGUGAGGAACGAUCAUGCCUAAUGAUUGAUGCAGAAAAUCCCAGUGAGUACCAUGUAACCAAAGACAGUAUUGCUAGAAUCAAGAGGGAGGUUAAUGAAGAAGAAAAUGAAGAACUCAUUGUUGAGGAUAAAAAAAAAAUUGACCGAAGUAGGGCAAUAGGUUCAAACGAGAACAGUGUAUAUGGGAAAUUUCAAGAGGAUGUGAAGGGUAUGAAAGUAAAAUAUGCAGAAGAAAAGGCAAAAAAGACUGCAAUACGUGACAGUGCCCAGAAGGCAAAACAUUUUAUUGGUUUAACGUUAGCAAAGACUUUGACGGAAGACUACGAGCAAGAGGAUGAGGAGGGUGAAGUGGAGGCAAACAGAAUUGAACAAGUGGAGGUAAAAAAAGGAAGAAAGUGUCAGCAAAUAAAGAGAGAGAAACGACAGUAUAUAGUGAACCGAGAGAAAAAUCAGCAGGGUAUAAGGAGAGAAAGAAGACAACAAGUGACUAAGAAAGGUAAAAGUUCCAAGAAUGAAGGAAAACAAGUGAAAACUCUGCAGAAGGAUGUAAAAAGAAAGAAAGGUUAUCAGAUAAAGGAGAAAGUUGAAUAUGAAAUAAAGCAGGAAGUAAAGAAUGAAGCAGAUGACCUGGAGGUAAAGGAAGAAACAAGAGAGAUCAUAACAAAGGUAGAUGACUUGGAAGUAAAUAAAGAAUUUAAGCAGAAAAUUAAGAAAGAAAUAGAUGGACAUCAUUCAAAGAAAGCAGCAGCAAAAUGUGCUACAAAGAAAGGAGUUAACGAGCAGGAGAAAAGAAUGGAGACCAUUUCCAAGGAAACUGGGAGUGACAUUGGGGACUUUAAGACUGAGUUGAGCAGAGAAAAAGAAGCAAAAAAAGAAAGAAAGAAAGCAAAUAAAGUUGAAGAGGAAAGACCGGAGGAAGAAGUGAGAGAUGACCUUGAAGUGAGAGAGGAAAACCAGGGUGGGGAGAUGCUGCCAAAAAAUGAGGACACUGAAAUUAAGAGAGACAAGAAGUCAGAGAACAUAAAGAGUGAAGAAAUCAACCUGGACAAAGACAAAAAUACAGCGGAGGAAAUAGAAUUGAAAAUAGUUCAGAAACAGGGAAAAGUUAAGAAAGAAAAGGUAAAGAAAAAUAGUAAGAAAGUAAGAAUUCAGCAUAUUGUUAAAAAAAAAAAAAUUGUCAAGCCAGAGAUAGUAAAGCAAGUAAAAGGGGAGGUGCACAAAACAGGCAUUGAACACUCCGUACAGGUAAAUGAAACUGGUAGUCAAGGCAGUAUGGUAGGCGAGUCAAACAAAAAACAAAAAUUUGAAAAGAUGCAACGAUUUUCUCCAAGAAAACGGAAAAUGAGGUACUGUAUAAAAGAAAAGAAGCAAGUGUUGACAAGAAGAAAAUGUACUCGGCAAAAUUUGAAUAAAAAAAUUAAGAAACCACAAAAACAGAAGGAAGCCGAGGGCCAGGUGAAAGUAGAUAUAGGUGAAGAUGAGAAGGUAGAAAUAAAACGGGAGGAAGAUGUGCCUCAAGGAAUAACACAAGCCAAAAAUGAGCAUGUGGAGACGGUGAAUGAAGAUGAGACAAAGUUUGUAGAAAAAUGUAAUUUUCAGAUUGUUAAAGAGGAAAGUGAGUCACAAAGCAGCAGUAGAGAAAAAAAUAAACUGCAAGAAAUUGGCUCAGGAGAAAAUGAAAAAUUAGAAAUAAAGAUUGAAAAAGAACAACUAAAAGUAAAAUUAGAUGAAGGUAAUGGACAGGAUAAUGAUACUAAAGAUCAAGUUUUGAGAAAUAUUGAAAAAUGUGAUAAAAAUGUAAUUGAAGAAGAUCUUAAAACUGAUACUUCUUUACUAUCUCUAGAUCCUCUUCCAAAUGAACAGAAAUCUCAGAAUACAUCAUCUUCCUCGGCAUCAUUACUACCACAGCAGAGAAAAAGCACGGAUGCAAGUGAAGAGAAUCUGGAGAGAUUCAGGCCAAGAACUCCAGAUAGUCCACGACCCACAUCGCCCGAAUUGAGAGGACCCCACACUCCCGAUGGACCUGCUCCAACUACCCCUGAAGAACUCGCAGUAUCUCCACAGAGUCCUAGGUCACCGAUGCAUUGUCAUAGGAGUCCUUCUCCUUCCCAGGAUUGCCAAACCGAAGGAGAAGAAACUCUUGAACGGGAACAUUCUCUGGAAAAAAAAUCGCGGUCAAGAGUAAGAGGACCCUGUACACCCCCGUCUCCACCACCACCAGUGCAGGAGGAGGAAAACGAUGAAGGAGAGCAAGAAGAUGCUGAAAUUUCUAGUAAAUCUUCCUCGCAAGCAACUCUACAGGAACAACCAAAAUCUACUCCUGUUAAGAGAAAGUUAUCAAUCUUGGAGUAUCGCAAGAGGAAAAGUGUAAGCAGUGAGAGUGACAGUAGAGGGUUGAGUGGACCAUCAGAUUCAUCAUCUCCUCCCCCUUCAUCUCUCGUGUGUUCCACAGCGUUGUCUGCUCCUUGUACAGACUCUUUGGUCUUAUCUUCUAAUCCCUCCUCUGCUUCUAACACAUCAACACGAGAACCCUCCCUCUCUCCUACAUAUCUCUCUCCGCUGCCAAAGCUGGGCCGAAGUGAAGCUACAGAGUCUUCCCCUGAUAUUGCUCUCUCUCCUGUUCGACCACUUUUACUUACACCGCUCUCCGUUGUCCUUGACGGCAAAUCUACCAAAGAUGAAGUAAAAAGAGAUGCAGAGAGUAAUGGCAGCAGUGGUGGAGAUAGCAUCAGUGACAGCAGCAAACACAUCAUCAAGAGCAGUAGUAGUAAUGUUAGCAAUAGCUGUAGCACAACCACCAUCACCACUAUUGCUGUUGCCCUGAAUGUCUUCACAUCUACCAGCACAGCUGUCUCAAUUGCUGCUGGAACCACUACAGCUGCUACCCCACUCGCCCCUAUCACUGGUAAUGUCACAUCUCAGGAUGUGAAAUGGAAUGCAGCACCUACCCUACUGGAGCAGCAGAGAGAGAAUUUAACGGCAAGAUUACGACGUGAAUUCGGACUAUGUAUAUCUGAUGACGAUGAAGAUAAAUCAGGGUUGCGGCUGGGUUGUGCAAGUAUGGUAGGACGUCCGUCUCCUCCCCUGCUUCCCUCUCCUGCCCCUUUGGUUUCUUCCUCCUCCUCCCCCUUGUCUCCACGCACCCGUAAACCUUCGGGGCUUCAGGCUGAGCCAGAUGGAGAGGAUCGGGAUAGAAGUUAUCGUCGUCAUAAAGAAAAGAAUUUACCACCACCUCCGCCUCCACCAACGGCACCUCCAAAAAACUCGAUAUUCCAAGGACGACAAGUCACAGUUCAAAAAGUUGUCUGUUCUUCCAAAGUUGGAGCAACACAACCUGUUUGUAAUCCAUCACAAAUUACAAAUUCCAGUAAUAUUAGCACUGGGCUACUUAACAUCCCUACUGGCAAUAUGCAACGAUUAUUACCAUUGCCCUCACACCAAGGGUCUUCUGGAACUAGUUUGAGUAUGCCAGGAUCAUACCAUGGACCUACUCCAGUACCAAUACCUAUAAUGGGACCUAGUGCAUCUUCAUCUCGGAAUGGAUCAUCCUUGCAAGCUUCCCAAUGUUUAUUACCAACAGCAGGCAUUGCUUCAUCUUCGGUUCCAUUAACUGCAACAGUUCCCUCUCCAACAGUCCCUAUGGCAUGUCCUGUCACACCACCCAUAGGGGCACACAUUCCCAUAGCCAUACAGUCAAAACUGUCCCCCAUUCCCAGUGCACAGACUUUGGGAGGUACGUCGACUCCUGCUCCUCAUCACUCAUCUUCAGUUCAGAUUGGACCUCUUGUUUCGUCCUCCCUUGCAUCUCAGCAAAAUCCUGCAUAUCCCUCACGACCAUAUUCUAGGGGGCAAUACAGUGCUCCAGCAGCAGGAAUGGUGCCCCCAGCCAUUUCACUGUUUCCUGGUCGUGUGCCCCCAGCCCAAGCACACAAUUCAAGUGUUACCCCCCAAGGCCCAGCUCCUAUUGGACAUCCAGCUCCUGUAAGGCCACAGGGACAACCAGCCCAGGCACCACCAGGGCUGGUGUCGCCUAGUUUGGGUUUUAAUGGAAAUUAUUCUGGACAUGAUUGCUCUGCCCCGGGAUCCAGAGGGUCGUGAUGGCGGGCUUGUUACCCUCCUGGGUCCCAGCCUGCUUGUGGCAGGAGGGCCUUGCUUUUGUCCUAACUUGUACGAUAUCUUCAGCAAUCCUAUUGUAAUAGGCUCUGCUCUCUGUGUAGAAAUUCUUCUUGAGUCCUUGUGCGAAUUAAAUAUUUGUUGGUUGGGCCAAAUUGAGUGUUCUGUCAUUUGCAUAAUAAUUUCAUAAGCAGUGUUAUUGUUAACUGCACCCCCUGCAUCAUGUCACAAAGCACUCGUGAUGUGGCCUGACCACAGGUCCUGCUGUGGCCUGACCACAGCUGCUGCUGUGGCCCGACCUCAGCUACUGCUGUGGCCCGACCACAGGUCCUGGUGUGUCCUAACCACAGGUCCUGCUGUGGUCUGACCACAGGUUCUGGUGUGGCCUGACCACAGCUGAUUAUGUAUAUUGUUGGAAAGCUUUAUAUGUCUUUAGAGUAUUUUAUUGCAUACCAUCCAUGCCCUUUAUCCAUUCCUUGAUUUCUAAGAUUUUAUCUAAUUUUAUUUUAUUUUUUAUUUUUGCUUAUCCCUCCCCUAUCUGUUUGUUUUUGGAAAGUACAAAAUAAUAUUAGGUUCUUUCUCCUUGCAAAAUAAUGGGCUCCCAAUACUUUUUAUGUGAAAGCCCAGAAACUGCCAGAGAAACUUUGUGUCCUGUGUUGUGCUCGUGUGAGUGAGAGACUUCCUCCCUUUAUUUUUCUGGUCAAGGCAUUUUGGUGAUGAACCAUGCAAAUAUAUGCUUUUCUAAACAAUAUAUAUAUAUAUAUAUAUAUAUAUAUAUAUAUAUAUAUAUAUAUAUAUAUAUAUAUAUAUAUAUAUAUAUAUAU